AAAACACCAACUCCUCCUCCACCAUUACAUUCCACUUUGCAUAUUUGUGAAUUAGCAGGGCAGCAGAGAAAAUAAUCAAACCAAAAAAGAAAAAAAAAAAAAAAAAUGGCAACAACCAUUGCGACCGCAUCAACAACCGUGCUAGGCCUCUCCACUUCCUCCCUCUCCUCACCCAAGAGGACAUCCCUCUCUUCAGGAUUUUUGAAGCCCAGCGUUGCUGUUAGGAACCCUUUGAGGCAAGCCCGGGCAUCAGGAGGAAAAGUUACAUGUUUCGAAAGAGAUUGGCUGAGGAGGGAUUUCAACGUGAUUGGAUUUGGGUUGAUCGGAUGGCUUGCACCGUCCAGCAUACCUGCGAUCGACGGUAAGAGCUUGACGGGUCUCUUCUUUGAGAGCAUUGGAGCAGAGCUGGCCCACUUCCCCACCCCUCCCGCUCUCACCUCCCAGUUUUGGUUGUGGUUGAUUACAUGGCAUUUGGGAUUGUUCAUUACCCUCACUUUUGGGCAGAUUGGAUUCAAGGGAAGGACUGAGGACUACUUUUGAAGCUUCUUUUUUUUUUUUUUUCCCUAUUUUAAUUGUGCAUGUAAAAUCUAAUGUAUAAUAUUCAGAUGCUCAACUUUCUUAUUGUCUUUCUUCUGCCCAAAUUCUCUUCCAUAUAUUCUUUAUUGUUGUGUAUUAUUUGUAAUCUUGGUGUAUGUCAAUUUGUUGGCAAGUUGUUGAUAAAAUUGACACGAGACAAUUGAUUGA